CACACUCUCUCUUAGCUUCAGUAGGGUUUAAGAUCUCCUCUUCUUCUCAAUCCCCAAGACCUCAAAAGAAGAAGAAGCUUUACUUUCUUCUUGACAUUAUAUACAAACACACACAAACGCACGUAUAUGCAUAGCAUGUAUACAUAUAUAUGUGUUUAUAUAUAAUGAUGAAUCCAAUUCAUAGACUCUCUUCUGUAAUCAGAAGACCCGUUUUCAGUUUCCCCACCCACCUCAGAACACUCUGUACCAAACCCACCACCAAUCGGACAACCAAGAACGGCGGAGACGAGUGGAACGACGCUUGGGAGACGGCUUGGCUGCCGGAAGACCUCUCGGCGAAGAACCGAGCUCCUUGGGAGGCCGAUGUCAACUUCUCGACGCCCGGUGAACACUCCGAUAUGGUUCUCCCAUCGGACGUCGAUCCGGAGACGAAGGCUUUCGUGGAAGACAUGAAGGACAAUUGGGAUCAGAGAAGAAAGAGUCCCAAGGCACAGCAGCAGCAACAGCAGCUAGAAAUGGUGAAGAAAGAGGGAAAUGGUAAUUCGCUUUAUAGUUUAGAGAAUAUGAAAAAAGAUUACAGAUUGACGAAGCAGAGAGUUCAUUCUGGGCUGUGGAUGCAAGAGAUCGAGAAGCAGGAGGAGGCCAAAUUGGGGGAUUCGAUUUCCGGUGGUGGAGAUGAUAUCGACAAACUUCUUGAUAGCUGCUCUGAAAUUUUUGACCCUGUCAACAACGAUUUCAACAACCCAAAAAUCCCAAGUUCUUCUGAGUUCAAAAACAAGCCUGAUGGUUGGGAAGCAACAUCCAAACAAGAUGGGAAUGUCUGGGAGAUGUCACAGAGGGAAGAAGACAUCCUCCUUCAAGAGUUUGAGCGUCGGAUUGCAUUCAGCAAAUUCCAGAUAGCAAGUUUUAUCAAGACACACAUUUUUAGCCGGAGGCGGCCUAUUGAUGGUUGGAAAUACAUGAUAGAGGAGCUGGGACCAAAUGCAAAGAAAGGAAAGGGCAGCGUUACGAGGAUACCCAGUCUAUCAGAUGCAUCAACCCAACCGUUCAAAGAGGAGAAGACACCGAUUGCCAGCAACCUCACCUCCUAUAAGGGGAGGUAGUUCUGUUUACUGCCUCUCCUCUCCUUGUCGUCCCAGUAUGUACUGUAUAUAACAAUAGCAAUGUUGACUGCUAUAAUAAUUUGUGAAGUGAUUUUGGCCCCUGCGUUCUGAAUUUUAGCUGUUAGUAUCAAAUAAGUUCUUUCCAUCA